UCCCACACUCCCUUGCAACAAUGCAGCGCACACGAUGCGACACUAUCCUCCUGGCGGGGUAGUACCAGCAUCAAUCUACGCCCUGGACUGCCGGACAGGCGUCGACUUGGCUGUGAUCACACGGUUACAUCUCGAUUGUGGAGCACGCUGUUGAUCUCUCGACCAUCCGGCAUGCUACAACACCAGUAUACAUAACUCCUCAAAAUGGCGGCGCAGGCCCGAUAUUGAACUCUCCGGUAAUCAGGUAGUCAGUCGUUGCUACGCUCUUGCUCCUCUCCGCCAUCCCUCCAUGCCGUCAUCUCCUCCCUCUGCGGACGCUCUCCGAGCAGCCCUCGACCGCGAUGGCUUCGUCUGUAUCCCACAUGCCUUCUCUGGCCCCGAGCUAGAAAAAUUUCAAGCAGCAGCCCGAGCAGCCACUGAACAGGCUCGUGCCGGUAACUGGCCUUACAUCCGCACCUUGCCCAAGCAGUUUCCCCCAUGGAGCCACGAUGUGAGCAAUGGCAUAUGGGGCGUGCAACAUCUCCUCCAUCCAGACAUGCCGGAGCGCAAGACGUUCGCCGAGUCGUACUUCCACCCCACCAUGCUGGAUACCAUCACUGGCCUGCUUUCGUGCGAACGAGAUGACCUAGUCCUGGAGCUGUACAACAUGCUGAUCCGCCCCGACAAAGACUUCGCCCUCCGCUGGCACCGCGAUGAUAUUCCCCCAGACGUGCCAGCUGCGGGGGAAGAAGCGAGGCUCCGAGAGCCUAUGCUACACGCGCAGUGGAACCUUGCCCUCUUUGACGAUGCCUCCCUCGUCGUCGUCCCGGGCUCUCACAAGCGCGCCAGGACAGACAUGGAACGCAAUGCCGACCCUUUCGAGGACGACAUGCCCGGGCAGAAGAUUGUCAAGAUGAGCGCCGGGGAUGUGCUGUUCUACAACAACAACAUCCUCCAUCGUGGAGUGUACGAUUCGCAGGCAGAACGGAUGACGCUACAUGGGACAAUGGGCAUCUCCGGCGCGGACACGGCGCGCGCGAGGAACAUCCUGCAGCACGGCAUCGGCUCGUGGGCCGCAAGCGCAACCUUUACUGAUCUGCCUGGCGACAUGGCUGCCGUCGCCGUGGGCAUGCAAAAUCGACUGAUGGCCAUGGGCAGCGGAGCGGAUCUUGAGUAUUCGCAGGCGGACUAGGGAUUCAAACCCGGGGCCGAUGCUGCGUGCCUAGCGAACCGCUCUGCUCACCGCCAUGGUAUCAUGCACAGGGGCGCAUGGUGGACGUCUGUUAGUGAAGAAGCAUUAA